GGAAAUCACUUUUAUCGGCAUUGCAACCACACUGUUUCUCGAUUCUCUUCCAAUCAUUUCUCAACUACCAUCAAAAUGGUGAGCAGCUCCAACGGAGAGUCGGCGAGCGACGCGCUCGAAUCCCAGUCCAAGAGCCUCUUCUCCGAGGGCGAGAAGGUUCUCGCCUACCACGGUCCCCGCAUCUACGAAGCCAAAGUUCAAAAAGCAGAGUUCCAGAAGCAUGAGUGGAGAUAUUUUCUCCAUUACCUUGGUUGGAAUAAAAAUUGGGAUGAAUGGGUAGGCAUGGAUCGGCUGAUGAAAUAUACCGAAGAGAAUAUUAUGAAGCAACAGGCCCUUGAUAAGAAAGCUGGAGUUGACAAGAAUACUAAAUUAGGGCGUUCUGCUCAAACAAAACCAAAAAGUUCAACUGAUGCUAAAGUGGAUAAAGGGGAGGCAAAGACCACAGGUACUGUUAUCAGGUUUCUCCAUUGUGUGUAAUUUCCCACUUGCUCACGUCAUAUCUUCUUCAACAAAAAUUGGUACCUUAUCCUGGUCCAUAGUUUAGUAAGCAAGUGGAGGCUAAACUAGGUUGAAAAUGAAUCCUUUAUGCCAAUAUUUGAUGUUGUUAACCUCUUGAUGAAAUGAAUUGAAGGAAGAAACUUUGGGAUAUAGCCAUAUAGUAAUAGCCGUGUAUUCUGGACUUAAUUGCCUAUUACUCCCUCCGUCCGCCAUUAGGAGUCCCAUUUCUUGGCGGCACGGGGUUUUAAGAAAUGCUAAGAAAAAUAGGUGGAAAAAAGUUAGUGGAAUAGGUGUC